CAGCCUAAUGCCAGGAAGGAGGAUCUGUUCGGUCGGCCCUCUCAGGGCUUGUACUCCUCUUCCUCCUCCGCCUCCUCCUCCGCCUCCUCCUCCUCCUACAUGGCAACCAAAGGCCUGGCUGAGGCGAGCAUGGACAGGAACUGCCUGGAGGUAAACAUGGGCUCCUCUCUACCCUCCCCCUCUCAGAUCCUGCCCACUAAGAUGUCUUACUCGGCCAACCUGAAGAAUGUGAUGAGUAUGGAAACUGGCCAGCGGAGCUCCGAGAACCAGUCGAUGGCAGGCGAGAUGGAGGCUUCCAAGCCGGGUCCUUCACCCCACGACCUCGCUGCCCAGCUGAAGAGCAGCCUACUCGCUGAGAUAGGUCUCACUGAGAGUGAUGGACCUCCUCUCCCAUCAUUCAGACCUCACUGUAGUUUCAUGGGGAUGAUGAUCUCUCAUGACAUGCUGCUGGGCCGCUGGCGUCUGUCACUGGAGCUCUUUGGUCGUGUCUUUAUGGAGGAUGUUGGGGCAGAGCCUGGAUCCAUCCUCACAGAGCUAGGCGGCUUUGAGGUAAAGGAAUCCAAGUUCCGCCGUGAGAUGGAGAAGCUGAGGAACCUGCAAUCCAGAGACCUGGCCCUGGAGGUGGACCGGGACCGAGACCAGCUCAUACAGCAGACCAUGCGUCAGCUGAACACACAUUUUGGCCGGCGCUGCACCACCACACCCAUGGCCGUGCACCGGGUGAAGGUCACCUUCAAAGAUGAGCCGGGCGAGGGCAGCGGAGUGGCCCGCAGCUUCUACACGGCCAUCGCCCUGGCCCUCCUGUCCAACGAUAAGCUGCCCAACCUGGACUGUGUGCAGAGUGUCAGCAAGGGCAUGCAGGCCAGCAAUCUAAUGCAGCGCUUGAGAAACAGAGACCGAGAAAGAGAGAGGAGAAGUGGAGGGCUUCGGGCGGGAUCUCGUAGAGAUAGAGACAGAGACUCCAGGAGGCAGCUGUCCAUAGACACCAGGCCCUUCAGACCAUCGUCAGAGGGAAACCCCAGCGAUGAGCCCGACCCCCUCCCUGCACACCGGCAGGCCCUGGGAGAGAGGCUCUACCCACGUGUUCACGCGAUGCAGCCGCCCAAUGUCCAGAGCCGAUCCGGUAGUUCCCCUUGCAAGAUUGCCAUCGGCCCUUUGGAGACCCAGUAG